AUGAAUCCCAAUCAGCCAAAUACUGGAGCUCCUGGUGUCCCAGGAAAGAAAAAGCAGAAAAAAGGUGUUCAACAAGAUAGCUCAAAUACUAAAGCUGGACAAAGUCAAGAACCAUCAAGUUCAGGAUCAAAAGACUUUCCGCAAAUAUCUCAAAGUAAGCCGAAUAAAAAACAGCAGACACCACAAAAACAAAAUAAACCAAAGGAUGCAAAUCAAAAACAAAUCCAGAAACAGAAUCAAUCUGCAGAGCCUAAACAGAAUCAACCUGCUGGGACAAAACCAAAUCAAAAACAAUCUGAAGGCAAUAAUCCAUCCGCUGUUCCAAAAACAUCUUCAACUCAAGGCGGUCAGCAAAUUGAACAACAAAUUGUAAUCUUAAAGAAUAAUUUACAUAUUCCUAAAAGAAGAAACCCCAAGACUGGUGGUUCUUUGGGGCGUGCAACUGAGAUUGAAGUGAAUCAUCUUCCUCUUAACCUUGAUCAAUUGUUCAAAAAAGUUGUCUACCAUGUAGAUGUACAAUUCACACCAGAACUACCAAAAAGACUACUUAGAAAUGCUUUGGAAGAAUUUAACAACAGACAUUACCCGAAGGUUAAUUUUGCAUUUGAUGGGCGAAGAAAUAUGUAUACUAUAAAAGAGAUAAAAGGGAAAUCUGAUACAAUAUCAGUUGUAAAUGACGAAAAUAAUAGAACGAUUGACUUUGCUAUUUCAACCUCAAUUGUCAAUACAAUUCAGAUGAGUAAAAUUGAGGAAUAUUUACGAUCUGGAUCAUCCAACACUCCCCCAGGUGAAGCAUUUCAAGCAUUGGAUAUUGUUUUGAAAAACCGACCAUUUGCAUUAAGAUUCACUAAUGUUGGAAGAUCAUUUUUCCCAGUACCACGUAUUACACCAGUUGACUUGGGUGAAGGAAUGGAAUUAUGGAAAGGAUUUUUUCAAAGUCCUGUUAUGGGUUGGAAACCUUAUCUUAACAUAGAUGUGGCACAUAAAGGAUUUCCCAAGUAUCAACCGUUAAUAAACUUCAUAACAAAUGAAUUGAAUUGUAAUCUCAAUUCAGAAAUGGAACAAAAAAAUUACAACGCAUUAGCAAGUUAUGUUAAAGGAUUAAAAAUUGAUUUUACGGUUCCAAAUCAACCCAAUACAAAACGUUCAUACAAAGUAGUUGGUCUCCUUGACUCUGCCUCUAGAUUUAGAUUUGAGAUGGAGGAUCCUGUUAGAGGUAAACAAACACUUAAUGUAGUGCAAUACUUCAAAAUUACAAGGAACUAUGUUAUCAAGUAUCCAAAUUUACCUUGUUUACAUGUUGGCAACGUUAACAAGAAAACUGCUAUUCCAAUUGAACUAUGCCAUGUUCAAAAAGGACAAUUGCGUUUGAAAAAAUUAUCUGAAGUUCAAACUGCGGCUAUGGUGAAGAACGCAGCUCGACCUCCUGCAGAACGACGACAAACUAUUGAAAAUUGCAUCAAAGACAUUGCAUACAAUAAAGAUCCUGUUUUGAAAGACUUUGGUAUUGAAGUUAAAGAACAUUUUGCUUCAAUACCAGCAAGAGUUUUGGAUCAACCUUCUUUGGCUUAUGCUCAAAAUAAGGAAACUAAACCGAGAGCUGGUGUUUGGAGACCUGAUAGAUUUUCUAAAGCAGUACAUAUUAACAAAUGGGUUGUAUUGAAUCUAGAUCAACGUACUAAUAUUGCAAGCAUAAAAAACUUUGAAAAAAGUUUGAUGAUGAGUGCUAGAGACUUGAAUGUUGUUAUAAGCCCAAUGGAUCCUGUGAUCAACUGUUUUUUGCCAAGGAGUACUUUGGUUGACAUCAAAACCUCAAUUGGGAGCGUUUUUACAAAGCAAAAAGCUUGCAAUACAGAAUUAAUUGUGGUUGUUAUUCCAGAUUAUCCUGCAGGAAUUUAUGCUUCUGUUAAACAAAAAUCAGAAUUGGAAGUUGGUAUUCUUACACAAUGCAUUAAAUCCAGGACUAUGUUUAAAAUGAAUGCAUCAACAUCUUCCAAUAUUCUACUAAAAAUAAAUUCAAAAUUGAACGGAAUCAAUCAUACUCUUGCCGUCAGAAGCAGCCCACCUAGUAUGGAUGGAGCAAUUAUUUUUGGAGCUGAUGUGACACAUCCAUCUCCUGAACAGACUACUAUUCCAUCAGUUGCUGCUGUAGCAGCCAGUCAUGAUUUUUAUGGAAGUCAAUACAAUAUGGAAUGGCGCUUGCAAUCUCCUAAAGUAGAAAUUAUUCAAGAUCUAGAAGACAUUGUUCAUAUUCAGUUGCUUAAAUAUAAAGAAAGAACAAAAGCUGUGCCAAAAAAAAUAUUUUAUUUUAGAGAUGGUGUAAGCGAAGGCCAAUUUCUACAGUUGUUGGAAUAUGAACUGAUUGCUAUUCGAAGAGCUUGCCUCCGACUCAAUAUUUCCUACAAACCUUCAGUGACAUUUUUGGUUGUACAGAAACGACAUCACACCAGAAUGUUUCCAAAGUUCAAUUAUGAUAUGGAUGGGAAGUUUGCUAAUGUCCCUUCUGGCACAAUUAUAGACACUCAAAUUACCCAUCCAACAGAACUUGAUUUUUAUUUGUGUAGCCAUGCUAGUAUUCAAGGCACAUCCCGACCAACCAAGUAUCAUCUGAUAUGGGAUGACAAUAAUUUCACUGAAGACCAGUUGGAACAACUGACAUUCUACCUCUGCUUUAUGUUUGUACGUUGUACUCGUUCUGUUUCAUAUCCGGCGCCUACAUACUAUGCCCAUUUGGCUGCAUUUAGAGCACGAGCUUAUAUUGAAAACAAAACCAUCAAUCUGAAUAAUUUAGAAGAUGCGCAAACCAGAAAUCAACUGAACCAUUCAUUCACAGUUAAUACACCCAUGUUUUUUGUUUAA